GGCUCACCUUCCUUCAUCUUGAGCUGCACAAUUUAGGAGACUUGAUUUCUUGAGGAAUUUGAGCGGAGAGGGCAGACGAUCUCGCUGUACGCAUUCUGCCAUGGGAGGUAAAGAUGAAAUGGGGAAGCCCAAGUCGAAAAGUAUUUUGGUGUGUGGAUACCCACUCAGCAUCUUUUUUAUUGUGGUCAAUGAGUUCUGUGAGCGGUUCUCGUACUAUGGCAUGCGAGCUGUGCUGGUGCUUUACUUUAAGUACUUUCUGAGGUGGGAUGAUGACUUUGCCACCACAAUCUACCAUACCUUUGUUGCCCUGUGCUACCUGACCCCAAUCCUGGGCGCCAUUGUGGCCGAUUCAUGGCUGGGCAAGUUCAAGACUAUCGUGUACCUGUCCAUUGUGUAUUCUUUGGGGCAGGUUGUCCUGGCGGUCAGCGCCAUCCACGACAUCACAGACACCAACAUGGACGGCACCCCUGACAACAUGGCCUUCCACGUAGCUCUGUCCAUGGUGGGUUUGCUUCUUAUCGCCGUGGGAACAGGAGGCAUCAAACCUUGUGUUGCUGCCUUUGGUGGAGACCAGUUUGAAGACCAUCAGGAGAAGCAGAGAAGCACCUUUUUCUCCAUUUUCUACCUGUCCAUCAAUGCAGGCAGUCUGUUGUCCACUGUCAUUACUCCUAUCCUCAGAGCUCAGGACUGCGGGAUCCACAGCCAACAGAAAUGUUACCCGCUAGCCUUUGGUGUCCCUGCAGCCCUCAUGGUCGUCGCUCUGAUUGUGUUCAUUGUGGGAAGUGGAAUGUACAAUAAAACCACUCCUCAGGGAAACAUCAUGGUAAAAGUCUGCAAAUGCAUCGGGUUUGCCAUCAGUAACCGCUUCAGGCAUCGUCAUCCAGCAUACCCGAAAAGAGAACACUGGAUGGACUGGGCUGAAGAAAAAUAUGAUAAACUUCUGAUAGCCCAGGUGAAGAUGGUGGUUAAGGUGCUUUUCCUCUACAUCCCUUUACCAAUGUUCUGGGCUCUCUUUGACCAACAGGGCUCAAGAUGGACCCUGCAGGCGACCACCAUGAAUGGUGACUUUGGAAUCCUUGUUAUCCAGCCUGACCAGAUGCAGACGGUGAAUCCCAUCUUGAUUCUAAUUUUGGUGCCGGUUGUGGACAGCGUGGUCUACCCACUCAUCUCCAAGUGCAAGUUAAAUUUCACGCCGUUGAAGAGGAUGACCGUCGGGAUGUUCCUCGCCGCAUUGGCGUUUGUUGCUGCAGGCCUGGUUCAGAUCCAAAUUGAUCAAACCCUGCCCACCUUCCCAGCGAGUACUGUGAGCCAAGCAAAGUUCCUCAACAUGGUGAACAAGCCAUUAGACAUCAGGGCCGGGUCACAAUCAUUUAAGUUGGAUGCUUUCACGGCCAACAAUGACUACCUGACCUUUGGCGAGUCAUUUUUGGUGGAACUGGGCCCCGGUGCCAUCUAUCCUAUCAGUUUAAGGGAUGGGACCCGGAAUACUUUGGUGAUCCAGCAGGAUGGGCCCCUGCCCCGGCCAGUCGUGUUUGAGGACAUCAAAACCAAGCCGGAACAGGGUGCUAAUGCUGUCAGAUUUUUCAAUGGCCUUGAUUCUGCUUUGAAUAUAACAGUUGGUAAUCUGGACUUCAACUCUAUCACUGCUUCAAACAUGUCAAAAUAUGUGGCAGUACCACAGGGGAACGCACAGUUUCUGAUCAAGAACAAUACAGGAGGCCAGUGCGUCUACAAGCAGCACCUCGGCUUCGGCAGCUCUUACACCUUGAUCAUCCCGCCCACUUUCACAUUUGGACCAAAUUGUGACAAGGAUAUCCGUCAGGUGAACGACAUCAGACCGAACUCGGUCCACAUGGCAUGGCAGAUUCCUCAAUACUUCCUCAUCACAGCAGGAGAAGUGGUCUUUUCUGUUACAGGCCUGGAAUUCUCCUACUCACAGGCACCCAGCAACAUGAAAUCAGUGCUGCAGGCUGGUUGGCUGUUAACGGUUGCUGUCGGCAAUAUCAUUGUGCUUAUCGUUGCUGAGGCAGUAACACUUGAAGACCAGUGGGCUGAGUACAUUCUCUUCGCGUCUCUGCUGGUGGGAGUGUGCAUCAGCUUUGCCGUCAUGGCCUAUUUCUACACAUACAUUGACCCGACCAAGAUCGAAGCUCAGUUCAUAGAGCUUGAGCCCAAGGAUAAGCAGAAGACGAUGGAUGGGAAAGACUCAGUUGAGCGUUAUAAUGAAGAGAAAAGUGCUGAUUCCAGCUCGGAUGAUGAGGGAGAAUUCACACAGACAAGGAUGUAAAUAUAAUAAUCAUCAUAAUAGAGACUCGCACCCACAGUAUUGACCUCUUUUUUUUUUUUGUAUUUAAACACGGCUUGGCUCUUUUUUCAUUUGUUGAAUGUCAGGAGUAACUUUGAUCUGUGUUUGUUAAUGAUUCGCGAUUCGCAGGAGGUAGGGUUUCCAUCCUGUUGUAUUGACUGCAUUUUAGUUUGUCCUGUUACUGUAAAUUUGCUAUCAAAAUGGCUUCUUUUGUACCGUGUUGUAACAAUUCACCAUUGGCAUCUGUGUUUCUGUUUUUAAUGUGCCCUGCAACUGAUUGUAGGCAUUGCAUUGUCUUAGAGGCUGUUUUUAAUUUACAGCGAAUCACGUGUUUGCAAUUGAUUUUUGAGAACACUAUUACGAUGACUUGAUUGUCACCCCCCCCCCCUGCCCCGUAUAUACAUUGAUACAUUUUUUUUAAAAAGCAUGAAAUUGAUAUGCGUUCCGUUUUUACACGAUAUGCGAAAGCACUGUAUGUAUAAGGGCAGGUCGUUUGAGUGUGAACCAAAAUCUGGCUCACGAUCAGUGUCAGUGCAAGCUUGAAUGCCACCCUGUGUGAGAUGUCCCUUUGUCACCCCAAGCACCCCCACCCCACCCAAUCCCACCACCAAUGCACGCGCGCACACACACACACACACACACACACACACACACACACCACACACACACACACACACACGCGUCCAUUAAGAGCACUCGCAGGUGGAUUUUCAUAUUUUCUUUCAUCUACUUCAACUUCAACUUUCAAAUCACAAUCAAAUACGAAUCCUGCAACAAAAGAGCCCAUUUGAAAUUAAAAUUAAUUUAAAAAAUCUUACACUGCAUACAAAACAACAGGUCCUUGUUGCAAUAAUUGUGAGUUUGUUUCCCACCAUGCUCGCUUUCUUUUAUCACUGCCUACAUUGGUUCAUCUCAUUCAAAAGUGUCACCUUCUGGCGCUAGAUGCAAAAUUGUCUAUGAUGUCCUCGUAUGAUAUCUGCUCCCAAACGGUGUGGCUGAUGCCAACGGCGCUCCGACCAGUUAAAUAUUAAAAUACACGAUUCAUUUAUAAAACAUAAAUCAGUCAGAGGCUAAUAAAGGAGACAUUAAAUGGGGUCAUAAUGCUAAUAAAUGUUACAUGAGAGGUUAUGGAUGAUUUUGAGUUGGAAUCCCCUGUGCCCCUCUAAUCCUAAGAAUAAAGCACUUAGGUAGGUGCAUCUUUUGCACAUUCCUCCUCUUCUCCUUUUGCUUUGAAAUGUCCUCUCCAUGUUUACGACAUGCCUAACCUACAUUACCCCAAGAAGUUGUAAAUUCCCUAUACAAAUGGUAAUGUUUUUUUUUUUCGUUUUCUUCACCGCUUAUCCUCAUGAGGGUUGCGGGGAGUCCUUGAGCCUAUCCCAGCUGUCAACGGGCAGGAGGCACAGUACACCCUGAACUGGUUGCCAGUCAUUCGGAGGGCACACAUUGAGACAAACAGCCGCACUCUCAAUCACACCUAGGGGCAAUUUAGAGUGUCCAAUAAAUGUUGCAUGUUUUUGUAAUGUGGGAGGAAACUGGAGUGGCCAGAGAAAACCCACGCAGGUACAGGGAGAACAUGAGAACUCCACACAGGUGGGUCCGGGAUUGAACCCGGGACCUUAGAACUCUGAGGCCAACGCUUUACCAGCUGCUCCACCGUGCCACCCUAAUAUUUUUAAAUUAAAAUCAAAUUAAUUUUUAUUUUGGGAAACAUUGCAAGCCUGUCGC